AUGGCCACAAUGAAUCCAUCAGAAGAAGAUUCAAACCGAGCACGUGUAGUAGCACUGGUCGUAAAAGAAGCUUGUAGAAUUAUGAGCUUAGAAGGUCAAAAUGAUUCCUGGGAAUCUGCUCGUCAGAUGAUUAUAAAAAACCAAUUACUUACUGAAGCAGAAAAGAAUUCGGUGCUUGAUUUGUUCCAUGCACAAGCUGUAAUUAUAUCAUUUUAA